AUGACAGUCAAGACAGGAUGGGUCAGGUUCAAAAUGGAGUUCUGCAGAAGUUACAUUGUGGUAGAGGGUAAAGAGACUGACAGAUUUCAAUGUCUUGCUUGCAACAAAAUUUACAAAGGGAAAGGCAACUUGAUUAAGCAUCAGAGAUAUGAAUGUGGGGAUAAACGUCCAUUUGCAUGUACUCUCUGCAGCUAUUCGGCCAAACAAAAGAACAAUUUGAAGCUUCACAUGUUCAAUAAGCAUCAAAUUGCCAACUUUAAGUAAAAGUUCAUUGACUUAUUGUUUAAUAUACAUUUAUUUUAUGCAUUAAUAAAUUUCAGUGAUGGAUUUAGGUGUUGGCUAUAGGACAAAGAACCAAUUAAGUUUUCUUUUCAAGUGUUUGUUUGUUGAAUUAAGUUUUGAGGAUUUAUUAAAAACAUAACUUAAACGAAAAGAGAUCAAAUAAAGUUUUGGAAUAGGGCACCUUGUUGGAGUAUCCAAAUCCUCAACUUAUAAGUGCAUCAAUAGAAAAAGUUUUCAGUUUUAUAAUGUUUUUCAACCAUAUACACUUUAUAUGUUUGCAGUUUGAUCAAAAUGUUAAGUAUUAUUAUUAUGUUGUUUUUUUGUGUGUUUGGACAUAUUGUUUUCAUUGUGUUUGUGUUGAGCAUUAUCAAAUAAAAUU